AUGGGUGGUUCUGAUAUCAAAUGGCAAAAGGAUGCUGCAGACCAGAAUUUUGAUUACAUGUUCAAGCUGCUUAUCAUCGGAAAUAGUUCCGUCGGAAAAACUAGUUUCCUAUUUCGCUAUGCGGACGAUUCCUUCACUUCGGCCUUCGUGUCUACUGUUGGCAUUGACUUCAAGGUGAAAACAGUCUUUCGCCACGACAAACGCGUUAAACUUCAGAUAUGGGACACUGCAGGGCAAGAACGUUACCGUACUAUAACAACCGCAUAUUAUCGAGGAGCUAUGGGUUUUAUAUUAAUGUAUGAUAUAACUAAUGAAGAAAGUUUUAACAGCGUUCAAGAUUGGGUGACACAAAUUAAAACAUAUUCAUGGGACAAUGCACAAGUGAUUUUAGUUGGAAAUAAAUGUGAUAUGGAAGAAGAGCGUGUCGUGAGUGCAGAACGUGGCAAGCAACUUGCUGAUCAGCUUGGGGUCGAAUUUUACGAGACAAGCGCUAAAGAAAAUAUCAACGUAAAGACGGUGUUUGAACGCCUGGUCGACAUAAUAUGCGAUAAGAUGUCGGAGAGCCUGGAUUCGGAGCCGGCAAUGCUAGCCGGCGGCGCACGCGGCCAACGUCUCACUGAGCAACCACAGAGCAACACUAACCCCAACUGCAAUUGUUAA